UUUUUUUCUUUUUUUUUUAAAAAAAAAAGUCAGUCAAUACAUUACUUUAUUUAAUCCUUUUAAACAAAAUGACAGAAAAUUCAAGUGUAUUUGGUCUUCGACGUCAAGCUAGAUGUUUAACUGCUGUUACAAAUAGUACUGAACAGAGUAAAUUCCUUGCUGGCACUGUGGGUGCAAAAGAUAAUGUUGUAUGUUUAUUAGAAUUUGAUGAUGACGUUGGAAGCAUUAAACCUACCAUGUAUAGUCAUCCUGAAGAAGUAUGGGAUAUUACCUCUUGUCCAACCAAUGAAGAUUUAUUUUUUACUUGUCAUAGCCCAGACAACAAGAGUGAUCAGCAUUGUGCAUUAAAUCCCAUUCAUUUGGGUCCUUUGGAACAAAAUCAACACGUUACAUUACUCACUAUUGAUGUUUCACCAACAUGGACAAAUUCUUUCGCAAUACAACAACUUCAAAACGCUGUAUGGAACCCACAUCAACCAGAGAUAAUUACAGUAGGUGGACAAAAUCUGUCAGGUUGGGAUUUACGUUCUGCCAAGAGUAGCUUUCAUCACCCUGAGGCACAUAAAACUACAAUUCGUGCCGUUGACUACAAUCCAAAUAAGCCUCAUUGCAUUGCUACCGGAGGCGAUGAUGCUAUGGUAUCCAUUUGGGACACAAGACAAUUAAAAAAUCAGGUUAUGCAAAUUGAAAGACAUACUCACUGGGUCUGGUCUGUAGCAUUCAAUCAUCUACAAGAUCAAUUGUUACUCACUUCAGGUUCAGAUGCACUUGUUCAAUUACAUAAUAUUUUUUCUGCAUCUUCGGCUGCUUAUUUAAAUGAUAAUGAGGAAGAGAAUGAGUCUAUUGAAGGAUCAGAAGUGAAUAAACCUAUGGAUGGCUUAGUUCGUACAUAUGAUCAACACGAAGAUAGUGUUUAUCAAGUUGCUUGGAGCCCAGCAGAUAUCUGGACAUUUGCCUCCAUUUCAUAUGCAGGUAGAGUAGUUAUUAGUCAAGUACCACAAGACGAAAAGUUUAAAAUCCUUGGUGUAUAAUAAUAAUAAAAAAAAAGCUUAAUAUUUAUAUAAAAAGUUAAAAGAAGAGCGGCUCCGGCUUGAGCGAAGCCAAAGAGAACCGCCUAAAAAAACAAAAAAUUAUGCGCUCGAUAUGUCUUGAUUGCCAUACCGCAAGAGUAAAUCAAAACUCCUGCCAUAUCGGUUUUUUUUUUCCUUUCUUCAACCAAAAAAAAAAAAAACUUUAUGG